UGCGGGACGACACCAGAAGAAGCAGUAGAAAGGGACUGCCAAUUUGACAUGCUGUCUUUCGCGUGGGUGCCUAAGCCCUGUUUCGACGCCGAUUUGAGCAGCACCUAUAAUGUUUAUGAGGCUUUUGAAUUCUUCUACCACCGAGAGAAAUCUGACAAGAUUCCCGUGGAGGAGUUGAGAAAGGGCAUUAACAAGCAGAUAUAUACAUCCGGACGAUAUCAUCGAACACAUUGCACAUAUGCUUGGAAGAUAUUGCAACGGGCGGUGUUACAGGGAUAUCAUCUUAGCGACAACAAGACUUUGAGCCCAGAGCAUUACGACCAUUGCUCGUACUACUUGGUCGACGUC